ACGGUUCGGCGUUGAACACAAAAAGGGUGGGAACGUUUCCCGCCAGUUCUUCCCAGCCUCCACACACUCUAAAGCUUCUCUCUUUGUCCUACCGCCCUCUUUUCCUCUCUUCUCUCUGCAAAACCCUCACGAACACACAAUGGCAGAUUCUCCGAGGAUAACCCUUCGAUCCCCAUCGAAGAAGCCCAAACAAACGCCUCCUCUUUCCUCAAUCUGUCUCACCCCUCGAACCCCACAAGUGGUUGACCCUCCUCGCCGAUCCUCUCGUCGUUUGUCUCUUAAGCUCGACCAAAUCACAACCCCACAAAAAUGCGCUUCACAACUCAAAAAACCUAUCGAGGUUUCACUACUUAACGAAACUCCAGAAAAAUUAGUACAGGAUUCAUUGAAAAUCCGAAGAAAUUCGAGGAAAAAUGGAUCUAUUAAGACCCCAGAAAGCAAAAGAGACACUGAAUCCACAAAACCCCCGAAAUCGAAGUCCAAAGUGGUCAACAUCGAGGUUUCAUUCUCUCCUGUAUCACCAGAUCAACUGGAUACCAGGAAGAGGAAAUGGCGUGAAGAGAAAGAGAGGAAGAUGAUGACUAGAGCAAUGGCAUCGAAGAAUGCGAAGAGUGAACAAAAAGGUAAUAGGAAGAGAGUUUAUUACAAGAAAGUGGUGUAUGAUGGUGGUGAAUUUGAGGUAGGAGAUGAUGUGUAUGUGAAGAGGAGAGAGGACGCCAGCUCCGAUGAUGAGGACCCAGAAGUGGAGGAAUGUAGAGUAUGCUUCAAAGCAGGGAAAGCGGUAAUGCUUGAAUGCGAUGAUUGUUUAGGUGGUUUUCACUUGAAGUGCUUGAAGCCUCCUCUGAAGGAGGUCCCUGAAGGGGAUUGGAUUUGUGGGUUCUGCGAGGCCAGGAAAUUAGGUAAGGAGGUUGAGUUGCCAAAGUCGCCUGAAGGGAAAAAACGUUCUAGAACCUUGAGGGAGAAACUUCUUUCCAGUGACUUGUGGGCUGUCCGAAUUGAGAGUUUGUGGAAGGAGGUUGAUGGUAGCUAUUGGUUUAAGGGGCGAUGGUAUAUUAUUCCAGAAGAGACUGCUGCAGGAAGACAGCCUCAUAAUUUGAGGAGGGAGCUUUAUAGAACUACUGAUUUUGCUGACAUUGAGAUGGAAUCUAUUAUUCGGCGUUGUUCUGUUAUGAACCCCAAGGAAUAUGCAAAGGCAAGUAAUGAAGGAGAUGAUGUUUUCUUAUGUGAAUAUGAAUAUGACAUCCAUUGGCACACUUUUAAGCGUCUAGCUGAGGUUGAUAAUUGUGAAGAGGAUGGUGAAGAUGCUGACAGUGAUGAAGAUUGGAAUUCUUCCAAGGACGCAGAAUCUGAUACAGAUGAAGACAUUGAGUAUGAAGAGGAAAGUGUGAAGAACUUACAAGCCAAAGCAUCCUCAACUCAUGUCUUGGCUGCUAACUUACGAAAAGGUCAGUUCUUCGGGCUUCAAAGGAUAGGGGUAAAACGAAUCCCGGAACAUGUGAGGUGUCACAAGAAGACUGAACUGGAGAAAGCAAAGGCAACGCUUCUGCUGGCAACAUUGCCCAAGUCUCAACCUUGCAGGAACAAGGAAAUGGAAGAGAUAACUGCAUUUAUAAAAGGUGCCAUCUAUGAUGAUCAAUGUCUGGGUCGUUGCCUUUACAUUCAUGGUGUUCCUGGAACUGGCAAGACGAUGAGCGUACUUGCAGUAAUGAGGAACCUAAAAUCUGAAGUUGAUGCAGGGAAUAUGCGACCAUACUGUUUUGUGGAGGUCAAUGGUCUAAAGUUAGCAUCACCAGAAAAUAUUUAUAGGGUUAUCUAUGAAGCAUUAAGUGGACAUAGGGUUAGCUGGAAGAAGGCUCUUCAUUUGCUGAAUGAGCGAUUUUCAGAUGGCAAGAAGGGAAAAGGGGAUGACCGGCCUUGUAUUCUACUUAUUGAUGAACUUGAUCUGCUUGUAACCCGAAAUCAGUCGGUUCUAUACAAUAUUCUUGAUUGGCCUACUAAGCCACAUUCAAAAUUGAUUGUGAUAGGAAUUGCCAAUACUAUGGAUCUUCCAGAAAAGUUGCUUCCUCGUAUUUCAAGCCGUAUGGGUAUCCAAAGGCUUUGCUUUGGACCCUAUAAUUAUCAGCAGCUUCAAGAAAUCAUUUCCAGUCGCCUCAAAGGAAUUGAUGUAUUUGAAAAGCAAGCUAUAGAAUUUGCUUCAAGAAAGGUAGCAGCUAUAUCUGGAGAUGCACGUCGUGCUCUAGAGAUCUGCAGGCGUGCAGCAGAGAUUGCAGAUUAUCACCUUAAGAAAUUUAGUCCAUAUUCUGAUUCAGGGACUGCAGGAAAAGGCCUUGUUGGUAUGUCCGAGGUUGAGGCAGCUAUUCAAGAAAUGUUCCAGGCACCUCAUAUUCAAGUAAUGAAAAAUUGUUCUAAGCUCAGCAAAAUUUUCUUGGCGGCUAUGGUGUAUGAACUCUAUAAAACGGGGAUGGGGGAGACAACCUUUGAAAAGUUGGCAAUGACCGUUUCAUGUCUCUGUACAAGCAAUGGAGAAGCAUUUCCUGGUUGGGACACUCUCUUGAGAGUUGGAUGCAUGCUAGGUGAAAGCAGAAUAAUUCUAUGCGAACCUGGAGCUAGGCAUAGGUUGCAGAAAUUGCAGCUCAACUUUCCAAGUGAUGAUGUGGCUUUUGCACUGAAAGGGAGCCAAGAGUUACCGUGGCUGGCCAAGUAUUUGUGAUUUAAGACCAAAGAAAAUUGCAUUCUUCUUCAUUUAUUUAAACAAUUUUGACUCAGUUUCUCAUUUUUCGCAAUUUUUCAUUCCUGUCUGCUUCGACUCUUGGCUGUCAAAGUAGAACUUUAAGUUAUAACUCAUUUUUUUGAUUUCAACUCCGGCAACAUACUGUACUCUAUGAGACAUUGCGUAUGGAAAUAAUAAUAAUGAGAGAGGAUCUCAGGAACAUCAUAUA